AGCGGAUAUAAAUAGAUAACAGAUGAGUGCCCACACCCCACGUAACAGCAGUCGGUUCCAUCUUCCAUGAGCUGACGGGGCUGUUCAACAUUUUCUAUCACCAUCUUCUUCAAUUCCCCACCCAAUACACAUUUAUGUAAGUCUUAGGUAAAUCACUUUGAACUGUUCAUACUACUGUUUCAUGAUCACUACUUCAGUAUAAGCUUGGUUAAAUUCUGCGAAAAUGGCCGGAGAAAUUGAGCUGGAAGCAAGCGGUUUCGUAAACCCUAGCGAUACGGAUCCUCUACUUCAGAAUCACCAAAAUGCUGCUUCUGGUUCAUCGUCGUUGGCAGCGGCGGCGGGUUUGGGUUCUACUGAGAUUACUUAUGAAGAUGUUGAAGCUGGAUCGAUAAUCACUUGCCGUAUUUGCCUUGAAUGCGACGGAGAGGAAGAUAACGAUCUGAUAUCUCCAUGCAUGUGCAAAGGCACACAGCAGUUUGUUCAUCGUGCAUGCCUUGACCACUGGCGAUCUGUCAAGGAAGGAUUUGCCUUUUCUCAUUGCACAACUUGCAAAGCUCAGUUUCAUCUUCAAGUUGUUGAAUUGAAAGACAACUCAUGGCGAAAGAUCAAGUUCAGACUAUUUGUUGCUAGGGAUGUCUUCCUUGUCUUUUUAGCUGUUCAAACUGUGAUUGGACUGAUCGGAGGUGUUGCAUACAUUGUGGACAAAGACGGAUCUUUCAGAACUUCUUUUAGCGACAACUGGGAUCGUAUUUUAUCAACUCAUCCUCUCCCAUUCUACUAUUGUGUAGGGGUGAUUGGUUUUUUUGUGGUGGUUGGGUUUAUUGGGGUGAUAGUUCAUUGUACAUCUCUGAACAAUGAUCCGCGAAUGGCUGGGUGUCAAAACUGCUGUUUUGGGUGGGGAAUUUUGGACUGUUUUCCUGCAUCAAUGGAAGCGUGUUUAGCUUUGGUUAUCGUUUUCAUUGUUAUAUUCAUCAUACUUGGGAUUGCCUAUGGCUUUCUUGCUGCAACCAUGGUUAUACAAAGGAUAUGGCAAAGGCACUAUCACAUCCUCACCAAAAAAGAACUUACCCAGGAGUACGUAGUGGAGGAUCUUCAUGGACGUUACACCCCUCCAAAACUCGAACCAGAACAUGCAGACCGACUUAGAAUGCUCAAGCUUUUGUAAAUUCCUCUAUACACAUAAAUAUAUAAAAAUAAUAAUAAUAAGUCUGGUUUGCCUUUCGUCUUGUUAUAUUAUAUAAUAUAUAUAUACAUCAAUAUAUGAUCGUUUCAGUUGUAUAUAUGCAUUAUCAAUACAACAUAACAAAGAAGAAAAACAGAGAAUGUUACUAUUGAUUGAUAUAUGUUAGGUUAUCUCAUAUCUGUUUAGAAAAAGUUAAAAAUCUACCAAAAAAAGAUAAUAAACAAUUAAAGAGAUUAGAAUUAGAUAAAUCUUGAUGGUGUUAUCUUAGAUUUUCACCAUCUGGUUGUUCACUCGGCAUAUUUGCAUCACUCACAAAUACCAAAUGAUCACCAUCUCUAACAACAUCUAUAUCAUCUACUUCCGCCCUUUCUUUAUUCACAACCCUCGCCCCCAACAAACCAUACUUUUUCAACCCAAUCUCAACUAACUCUU